AUGUGGAUCUCCGCUCAGUUCCCCGCGCGCCUCAACGUGUUCCGCCUGUCCGUCGCUCUCAUCGCGGCCACCUGCCUCGUCGCCCUCCCAGCGCGCGCGCAGUCGUUCCGCGUGAGCUCGAACCCCGCGCUGGCGGAGCUGAAGUUGGAGCACCUCAACCGCUUCUUCCGCAGCCUCACCGUGGCUUAUAACGAGUCGGAGGAGUGGUGGGAGCCUGAGCUUUCCAUCGACUGGCGAUGGGACGACCGUCUGAAACCCGUGCUGGGGCUGCGCACAGAGGGGGCUUGCAAGUCCUCAUGGGCAAUAACGGCCGUGACAGCGGUGGAGAUGGCGUACGCGAUAGUAGCUCCCGAGUAUCCCAAUCUGCCGCCCGUGGCGCGAGUGUCGGUGCAGCAGGUGCUGGACUGCGAGCCCAGCAACAGCAGCUGCAGUGGCGGCGGGUGGCCGACGUCAGCGCUGGACUACAUGGUGGACGCCACUCAGGCUAACGGGGGCCUCGCGACGGAGGCUGCUUACCCUUACACGCAGAAGCAGGGCGCUUGCAAUGUGACUAGGUCCAAGGAGCUGCUGCGCAAGAGCGUACCCAAGGCCAUCGGGGUGAUAGGGUACGACCAGGUGGACUUCUUUGGCUGGCUGGGACUCACGCUCGCCGUGCAGACCCAGCCCACCAUCGCCUUUGUGAGAGGCAGCCAUCCCACCUUCCUGUCUUACCGCAAGGGCACGUACAGCGACCGGGCGUGUGCGGGGGGCGUGGUGGAUCACAGUGUGGUGGUGGUGGGGUAUGAGCUAGACGACUACAACACUCUGCCCUACUGGAUCAUCCGCAACUCGUGGGGCGACAAGUGGGGCGAGAAGGGCUACAUGCGCAUGGCCAUGGGCUACAUGCGCAUGGCCAUGGGCUACAUGCGCAUGGCCAUGGGCUACAUGCGCAUGGCCAUGGUGGGAGGCAUCGGCAUCUGUGGUAUUCACUCAGUGCCGGCCAUCUACCCCGUUAUUAAGACCCCCUCGCCCUGCAACGACCAGAUCAACCCGUGCGGGUGGGGAGACUGCGAGGCCAACACUGACGGCCCCUCCCCACCCUAUGUGUGCUCCUGUGCGGACGGCUUCGUACCCGUCACCAACAACGACGGCACCCCCACCUGCGCUCUAGAUGACGUGUGCUCGUGGUUUGAGGGCGGAAACCCCUGUGGAGUGGGCUCGUGUCUGAGCGACAACGAGGGCGGCUACCUCUGUCUCUGCCCGCCCGGCUUCAAGCGAGGCCUCCGUGCGGGCGGCACAGAGAUCUGCGUACCCAGGCCCCAGCAACAUCUCCUACCCGAUAAGCGUGGACUGCGAGCUCGUGUAUCAGACUCACUCACUUUCUCCUCUCCCAUCUCCCAUCUUCCCCGCACCACCCCAGCGGCCAAGCGCCCUUCCAACAUCUUCUACCCCAUGGACGUGGAUUGCCAGCUGGUGUAUCAAAUCCCCUUACCCUCUCCCACUCCCUCCCACUCCCUCCUACUCCUUCCCACUCCUUCCCACUCCCAUGUUCUUCAGCCGCCGAGCGGCCCAGCAACAUCUCGUGCCCAAUGGACAUGGACUGCGAGCUCGAAUCAAAUCUCCCUAACAUUUGGUCCUCCUUCCCUCCUCUUUUCUGUCACCCCAGCCGCCGAGCGCCCGACCACCAUCUCGUACCCCAUGGACGUGGACUGCGAGCUGGUGUAUCAGAUCCCUUUACUCCCUCCCACUCCGCACCCUCCUGGUCUUGCUUCCUUUCCCUCUUCCAUCCCUCCAGCCGCCGAGCGCCCCAGCAACAUCUCGUACCCCAUGGACGUGGACUGCGAGCUCGUGUAUCAGAUCUACGGGCUGGAUGAGGAGCAGUUCCUCGCUCAGAACCCCGACCUGGUGGGUGCUGCUGGUCUCGACUUAACCCCUCAUCCCUCCCUACCUCCAUUUCUCCCUCCACCGCUCCCUCCCUCCCUUUUCACUCUCCAAAAUCUCUCCUCUCUCGCUGCCAUCCCUCACAACAAACACCCUCUGCCAUUCCUUUCCCCUUCUUCCGCCCCUCACACCCCCAUCCCACCACCCCUCCAAUCACAGAACGACACGUGUGCAGCGGUGGCAGACGGGUUUGACCUCACAGUGCCAGACCUGGAGGCUCUGAACCCGGGCGUGAACUGCACCGGGAAGAUAAAGAAGCUCCCCGCAGUGAACCAGCAGGUGUGUGUGCAAGAAGGAAACGGGGCAGACUUCCCCAUGUGCACGCAGUUCUACACCGUCCUUUCGGGCGACGACUGCGACAUCAUCAUGAAGCGCUUCAAGCUCUCUCAGCUCUCCUUUUACGCGCUCAACCCCGGGCUCAGCUGCGCGGCGCUCUUCCCCUUCCUCAGCGGGCCCGACGAGGAUGGCGGCGACCAGGACGGGGGGCAAACACUCAGUGGCACGCAGGUGUGCAUUUCGGGUUUCACAGUCAACGCCACUGGGCCUGCUCCUGCCCGCUCCCUCCGCACCCUCGGCCCUCCCCUGCUUUCCCCUUCCCCCGACCACGCCCUCCUUCCUGCCGCGCGUUCCCCCUUCCCCCACUCCUCCCCUUCCCCGGAGCUUGUAUCUCCCCCCCGCUCUCCCUCCGCCGUCCCCUUUCCGCGCCUCCUCCUCUCACCCCUCUGCUCUCCCCUUACGCUCUCCGCCUUCCGUCCCCGUCCUUCCGCGCUCCCCUCGUAUGGCGCGUACGGUAUAUAUGCACACACUCAACCCACAUGCAGCCCGUCCCGUCCUCUCGAGUUGACUUUUGAGUCGACUCAAAAGUCAACUCCUUCCGCGCUCCCCUCUUAUGGCGCGUACGGUAUAUAUGUACACACUCAACCCACAUGCAGCCCAUCCCUUCCUCUCCCCUCGUCCCACGCUCUCCCCUCGUCCCACGCUCUCCCCUCGUCCCACGCUCUCCCCUCGUCCCACGCUCUCCCCUCGUCCCACCCCUCCCCUCGUCCCACCCCUCCCCUCGUCCCACCCCUCCCCUCGUCCCACCCCUCCCCCAGCCUACGCCUCGCGGUGCCCAGCUUUGCUCUGCUACAGCCGAGGCAUUUGAACCGCGUGUCAAGAUAUGCGAGCAUGGGGUAUGACGGCGGCUGCUCUCCCCCUUUCCCCCCAUGCACCCCCUUCCUCCCCCCCCCAACAGCCUACGCCUGUAGCGCGGUGCCCAACUUUGCUCUGCUACAGCCGAGGCAUCUGAACCGCGUGGCGAGAUAUGCGCGCAUGGGCGCGGUUCCCAGCGUGGCGCUGGGUGCGACUGCUAGAGUGUUCCCUUUCCGCCCCCUGUUCCCAUCCUCUCCCCUCAUGGGGCCCUACGCCUGUAGCGCGGUGCCCAGCUUUGCGAUGCUACAGCCGAGGCAUCUCAACCGCGUGUCGAGAUAUGCGAGCAUGGGGUAUGACGGCGGGUGCGACUGCUGGAGUGUCGACCUGAACGUGGACUGGCGCGAGCUUGAGGGCGUGCAAGGCGUGCGCAACGAGGGGGCUUGCAAGGCGUCGUGGGCGAUCGCAGCAGUGAACGCGGUGGAGUUGACAAUGGCAAUGGUUGCAAACCAGCUAGAGUCGUACGACAGUGCAUUCAACAUCUCCGUGCAGCAGGUGGUGGACUGCGAGCCCAGCAGCAGCAGCUGCAAGGGCGGGUGGCCCACAUCAGCGCUGGACUACAUGGUGGACGCGAGCAACGACCUGGGGGGGGUGGUGCCACAGCUGCAGUAUCCCUACAAGGGCAAACAAGCCAAGUGCAAUGGGGGGAAGAUCGCCACGUCAUCCACCCCACUGGGUCUGGCGCGCUACGAGCAGGUGGACUUCUACGGCUGGAUCGGGCUGCUGCUGGCCGUGCAGGUGCAGCCGGUCAUUGCCUUUGUGCGCGGCAGCUACCCCUCCUUCCAGAAAUACAAAUCGGGCGUAUAUGAUGAUCCCAAGUGUGCAACAGCGGGCAUCGUGGACCAUGCAGUGCUCGUGGUGGGGUACGCGUUCACGGGGCCAAAUGCGGAGGGCAAUUGGAUCGUGCGCAACUCGUGGGGCUCCAAGUGGGGCGAGCAGGGCCAUAUGAGGAUGGCUUUCGCGGGAAGCGUUGGCAUCUGCGGAAUCCAUUCAGUGCCGGCUAUCUACCCCAUUAUUCAGGUGCCUUCCCCCUGUGACUCGCCUCAGAAGCCCUGUGGCGGUGGCGCUUGCGUGCCCGAAGAGGGCGCCUACUCUUGUCAGUGUCCGGCGGGCUUUGUCAGUUACACCAACGACGACGGCACCGCGACUUGCGCCCCUUUGGACGCGUGUGGCACGCAGGCGUCCAAUCCAUGCCUCACAGGCACAUGCAUCAACGACAAUGCGGGUGGCUACUUUUGUCUUUGCCCCCCGGGGUAUGAUAAGGGCAGCCUCACGCUCGGAUGGGAGACCUGCACACCUUCCUCGUCCCCCCCCACCACGCUCACCUUCCCAGUGGACGUGGACUGCCCGCUCGUCUACCAGCUCUACGGCCUCACAGAGGAGGCCUUCCUCGCUCAGAACUCCGAACUGGCCUCCCCAUGCGCCACCAUCCCAGCCAACACCGAAAUCAACGUGGCUCCCACGUCCACCUGCGUCGCAUGCAGCCUCUUCUACUCCUGGACCAACGACGACUCCUGCUCAGCUGUAGCAGACCUCUUUGGAAUCGACGAGACCGAGUUGACUCGCUUGAAUCCCGGCCUCGACUGCUCCGGCAGCGAGUCCUGCCACGCGCCCUCUCCCGGCCAGCAGAUCUGUGUGCGAGAGGGCGAUGGGAUGGACUACCCAAUGUGCUCGUGGUGGGAGGGUGUGAAGCCAGGGGACACGUGUGCUGCUCUCAUGCAGCGCUACAACCUGCCCGCCCUCGCCUUCUUCUGGCUCAACCCCGGCCUCGCAUGUGACAACCUCUUCCCCAACGGCAUGGACAUCACAGGCGUGCAGGUGUGCCUCUUCGCGUACAUCUACAACAGCUCUUCCAGUGCCAGCUACCGAUCCUACUCGCUCACCCAGCCACUCCACACCCAGCAGCACCGCACCCAGCCGCAGCCCACCGCUCUUCCCCUCCCAUUGGCACCCCACUCACUGGGAAAGCUCACUCCACACCAGGGCUCCACCAUACAACGCACCUCACCGCACCAAACUGUUCUCCAGCAGUCCCCUUGGAAACGCGUCUGGUCAGCAAACCACCCCACAGGCAAGCCACCCUUCAAGCUCCCCCCGUGGCAGCAACCUUUGUGGCAGCAGCGGCGGGCGAGGCUAGUUAAAGCCGGAGUGCUUCGGGUCUCCCCGGCUGCGGUGUCGAAGCGGCGGUGCCUGGCGUUCUACUCGGUGACGAGGGGGGACUUCUGUGCGCGCAUCAUAUCGCUCAAGUUCCAGAACAGUGCGAGGAAGAUGGCAGAGCUGAACAACGGAUACGUGUGCAACAAUGAUAGGCUCUAUGUGGGGCUGAGCCUCUGCACGCGGAGGUAG